UUGAAAUUGCGGACCGCCUCACCUGAUGCGGCCGCAAUAUUGCGGUUGCGGUUAGCAACGCAUCGGCAACGGACCGCAAUUGCGGUGUGAACUGAAAUCACACGCAACAGCCACAUCACCACCGCAACAGAACAGUUAAUAAUGCAUUAUAACGGUGUUUCAACCGCAACGGACCGCAUCGAACCGCAACGGUCAAAUGCUCCAUGUUCAGCUCAGAUUCAUUUUCAAUAAAGCUAAAGCAAAAGAAUCUUACACAGAGCAGAAGAAUCUUACACACAGCAGAGAAUCUCAUGCACAAGCAAGCAGAAGAAUCUUACACAGAGAAUCUCGUACACAAGCAGAAAAUUUGCAGACAUUAGAAUACGAAUCUUAUUAUCAAUUUAGAGUUUACCUUCACUUUAUGUCUCUUCUCUAAAGCUCUGACUCUGAGAUUCCAAAUGCAUCUGAAACUUGUAUUUAACUUGCCUUUGCUUCAUUGAUUUUCAUUCACAACUUCAAUACUUUAUCAGAAUUUCUCUCUAUUUCGCUGGGUGUUUGAAUUUGAUGCAAGUUUUUUCCUCUCCUUUCCAGCUUCAUUCAGCACUGUUAGGUAUUAUUGAAUAAUGCCUCCAAGAGAACAAUUUCCUACAAAAGGUUUGGAUGGUGCUCCAAGUGAUGAUAUUGGAUGGUAUUUUGGAACUCCAGAACCCGGAAGUCGCAACAAUGUUCGUUGCAAACUUUGUAAUAUAGUAAUAAAAGGUGGCAUUACAAGAUUGAAGCAACAUAUAGCACACAUGAAAGGACAGGUUGCGGCUUGUGGUAGAGUAACGACUAUGGUUAGAGAGAAUAUGAUGAAACUUUUACUUGAUUCUAAAGCGAAGAGAAAUGAUUCUAAGAGAAGGAAAGAAGAAUUUGAAGAACGUUUAAGAGGAGAUGAUGAAGAUACAGAUGAAGAUGUGAAUACUCUUGUUGAUGAUCAAUUAAGAUAUGCAACACAAGAAAGCCUUAGAUCACAUCGAGAAUGGGAAAAUAUGCAACAAUUCAGAAGAGAAACAAGAACUUCUGAAAAUGUAUAUGAACAUGGUGGAAGCUCUCGUGCAAGUGUUAGUGGAGGUGAAAGGCCAGAAGAUAUCUCUUUUUCUUUGAGAUCUACUAAUAUUGAUCUUGUUAGGAGCAAAAGUAUGAAGCAACCAAGAGCUGGUAAAGGCUUUUUGAAGACUUGGAGAAAAAGGCUUGGAGAGGCUGUAAGUAAAUUUAUAAUUUACGAGCGUUUGCCUAUGAAUUUAUCUAACUCUCCUUGGUUGCAUAAUUUGAUUUAUACUGCUUCUGAGGUGGGAAAAGCCAAAUGCCCAACUCCCUAUGAAAUCUCAAAUGUUUAUUUGGAAGCUGAAUAUAAGGAAAUGUUGGAGUGGAUAAAUGGUAUGAAAAAAAUUUGGCAAGAAAGAGGAGCAACAAUAAUGUGUGAUGGUUGGACGGACAGUAUCAACCAUACUCAUAUUAUGAAUUUCUUGGUAUAUUGUCAUAAGGGUACUGUUUUUUGGAAAUCUGUCGAUGCUUCUGAUGUUGAUAGUAGAAACACUGACUACUACUUUCAAUUGUUGGACAAAGUUGUGGAAGAAGUGGGUGAAGAGUGUGUAGUUCAAGUGGUAACAGAUAAUGAAGCCGCAUUAAAAGCAGCUGGUCAAAAGCUAAUGGAGAAGAGGCCACAUUUAUAUUGGUCUUCUUGUGCAGCUCAUUGUUUAGAUCUUUGCUUAGAGGAUAUUGGAAAAAAGAAAAGCAUACACAAUUUAUUAAGUGAAGCAAAAAUGGUGACAACAUUCAUCUAUAACCACACGUAUAUUGUGAGUCUCAUGAAAAAAUAUACUGGUGGUAGAGAUAUUGUUCGUCCUGGUGUUACCCGAUUUGCAACACAAUUUCUACAACUUCAAGCAAUUGUAAGACAAAAGCAAGGUCUUGAAAACAUGUUCAGUUUUGAAGAUUUUAGAAAAACAAAGUAUGGUAAAGAAAAGAAAGGACCGGGAUAUGAAGCAAGAAAAAUCGUUAUGAGUAGGGACUUUUGGAGUAAGGCUAAUGACAUAUUGAAAGUAUUUGAGCCAAUUGUAAAAGUCUUGAGACUAGUUGAUGGUGAUGAGAAACCAACAAUGGGUUUCAUAUAUGAAGCCAUUGAUCGAGCAAAACAAGCCAUUCAACAAAAUUCUCGUUAUUAUUCCAAAUAUAAUGAUAUCAUUGACAAGCGUUGGAAAUUCAUGCACUCUGACCUUCAUUCUUCUGGUUAUUUUCUUAAUCCACAAUUUCAAUAUGGAAUCGAACAUGGAAUAGCUGUGUAUAAAGAAACAUUUAAUGGAACAAAAAAUGUGAUCACGAAGCUAGAAAGAAACAUAGAUGAUCAAAUCAAAGCUCUAAACCAACUAACACUUUUUAGAGAAAAUAGUGAGACAUUUGGUACGCCUAUAGCUCAAAAAUCUUGGUCUAAGAUGGAUGCAGCUCAAUGGUGGGAAUACCAUGGUUCAUGCGCUCCUGAACUUCAACGUUUGGCUAUGAAAGUUGUCAGUCAAACAACCUCUGCGACAAACUGUGAGAGGAAUUGGAGUACAUUUAGCUAUAUCCACACAAAGACAAGAAAUAGAUUGAAGUACAAAAAAUUGCAUAAGCUUGUCUUCACACAUUACAACAUGAAAUUGAGAAUGAGAGAUAAAUUAAGGAAGAGUCAGGAAGAAAUAGAAGCAAAUUUUGAUCCGAUAAAUCUUGACUAUAUAUUUCAAGAAGAUCCGUUAUCUCAUUGGAUAGAAGAGAGGGAAAAUCCAUUAUUGGAUGGAGUUCAAAAUGCAGAAUGGUUGCCGAUAGUUGAUACAGAUGAUGAAAAUGUUGAUGAUAAUAGUGAAUCUAAUGAAAGUGGUGGUGGUUUAAGUCCACCAAGCGGUAAUAGUGGUGAUGGAGGUGGUAAUGAAGUGGAUAAUGAAGGUGAAGGAGGAAGUGGGGGAGGUGAAGAUGAUGAUCAAUUAGAACUUGAUCCAUAUCAUGAAAUACCACCGGGUUAUAGGCGUUAUAGGAACUUGAAUGAUAUGGUUCGAGCUGAUACCUCACUACUUGAGACAAGAGGAAAUGUGUCACAAUAUGGAAGAAAGGGGAAAAGAAAACAAAAUGUUCCACUUGAAGAUUCUUCCUCUUCUAGUAUUGCUAAUAGUUUUAGUGAUUUUGGGAUUGGCGAUUCUUCACAAGGUAGUCAACAAUCUUAUCCACCUGUUUACCAGUAUCCAUAUUUCAACUCUUAUAACCAAUAUCCUAUUGAUCAAGCUCCUUCGUACUACCAACAAUCAAUUAAUGAUCACAAUCCUUAUCAUCAACAAUCAAAUGGUGAUCUUUUUGGUUAUGUCUUUGGACAAGAAGCUACACAAGAUGAUAGUCAGAGUGAAAGUACAAGUUACGCUCCUUCACGACAUUCUACUAUGUGGUAGCAAGAGUCAUUGAAGACAUCUUUGUGUGACAAAAUGAUGCUGUUUUUCACAAUCAAGAUUGCAACAUAGGACAUUAGUCCUUUUAUUUUAAAUAAAUUGUAACUUAUUUGUAUUAUGUACUUGAAAAAUUACUUUCAAUGUUUGUU